GUGUCAUCAAUUAUAUUAAGUGCCUAAUGGGGCAGCCCAAACAGCCGGCGAAACUCGCCAUGCUUAUAGCUCAGCCGUUGCCUCUACUGUGUUAUGAAGCGGGCAACAGCGAAGAUUUUCAGGCAUUGGUCGAAUUCAACGAAGAUUUUCAGGCAUUGGUCGAAUUCAAGCAGGGCAUCACUGAUCCAAAAGGAGUCUUGAAGAAUUGGAACCCCGACACCCACUUCUGUCGAUGGUAUGGUGUGAACUGCAGUUCCAACCGACCAUAUCACAUCACCGAAAUCAAACUCUCGGGCAAAAACUUAGCUGGCAAUAUCUCUUCCUCUCUUGGGAAACUGGCCUUCCUUCAUACGCUUGAUCUAUCGAGUAACAGCUUCUAUGGCCCCAUUCCUAACGCACUCACAAACUGUUCCAACCUAGCAUAUCUGGAUCUCUCUACAAACAAGCUAACCAGUGUUAUUCCUCCUACAAUAGGUUCUCUUACCAAUCUAGCAAAAUUUUACCUUGACAGUAAUUAUGUCACUGGGGGCAUCCCAGCAGCCCUCGGGAACAUGACCAAUCUACGAGCAGUCAGUUUUUCACAAAAUCAACUCAAUGGAAGCAUUCCCCAUGAGGGAGCCAUACCAAAUUCAAUUGGAAACCUAUCCACCAAUCUUACACGUCUACUAAUGGGUGGAAACAGCCUAUCAGAGUAUGCUCAAACUGUUCAUGCAACUACCUAUGGGGAUGUUUAUAGUUUUGGAGUAAUACUUCUGGAGAUGCUAAUAGGAAAAAAGACCAACUGA